GAAAAGAGUUUCGGGCUUUUUCAAACCCUUUCAAUCAAUUUUCAAAAGUUCCUAGGAAUUUUUGAAACAACCCAUCUAAUAAACCUAUUAUAGCAGCUCAGCAAUACUCAAUAUGACGAAAACUCUUAUGGAAGCGGCUAUUGAAAAAACUACUAACGACGAAAUUAAAACUUUGCACAUUAAACUGGAAAUUUUGGAAGAGGAAUUGAAAAAUGCACUUGCCCGUGCCGAAAAAGCCGAAUCUACCCUUGAAACCUACAAGCGUCAACAGUCGAAUGAGUCGAAUAGGUUGCAUGCAACAAUACCUACCACAGUACAAGCACCCCCACCACCGCCAAUGAUGCCCCCACCACCGCCACCACCAAUACCUGCUUCAUUGUUAUACUCUCCAAAUAUUUCUACACUUUACAGAAAGCCUCGUUCGGGUAGCUCAUCGUCCUCUUUAGGUGGUUCCACUUGCCACCUUCAUUCAUCCCAGAAUGAUUUACAAUCAGGAAAUGGUGGUAGUGGUUCUGGUGCUGGUGGUAGUGGCUAUGAUGCAACAACAAACAGAAACAACGAAAGCUUCUGUAGCAGUUGCAAACAUCAAAUGAAGCAACAAGUAGGGGCGGCAACAGGUCUUGACGCUUUAGUACGAGAACUGAAAUCAGGCAAAGUAACACUGCGACGUAAUCGAAGAAAAACCAAAACAAACGAAGCCCUCCAAGAAAUGUUCCAAGUCUUAGAAAUAAGCCAAAAGCAAAACCGAAAUUCCCAAAUUGUAAUCGAUAUUCAUAUAUGAUCGUUAGAUUGAGUUUAAAACAAAAAAAAAACCUAUUAAGCCUUCUUGCAAUGCCUUUAUGCCUUUUUGUAUUUAACCAAAAAAAAAAAAAAAAAAAUCACGCAUAGCCUUUAUUUUUCUCUUAAGCCUUAUUGCAUAUUUAUAAAACAUAACCUACUAACAAAAUAUUUUCUUUCUACAACUUUUGUAUUCCUUAGAUUAAUCACCUUAUUUUGUUUUGUAAACUUAGUUUACAUUUUUUUUUUUGUUACUUAUUUUAGUAAAUCCUUAUUAUUGGGUUUAAGAACCGUAAUUUAUGGUGCUUCACUCAAAGACAAAAAUAAACCAAUAACCAAUAAGUCUUCCAAUGGAAUUUAUUAGCAAUUAUUUACAUUUUUUUUAUUAUUUUAUUAACUAAUCAUUUUUAUCGAUUAAUAUUUCUAAAAAUUUAUUUUUGAUUCGCAUUGGAAUCAAGCACAUUAUUUUUUACAUUUAAUCCGAAUGGUACAUAAAAUGUAUCUAUUUUAUGUAAGUUAUAUUAAUUUUUAUAUUUUUAUCUGUUUACUCAGAAUAUAACCAACGAAUAUUUUUUUUUUAUAUUUUAUUUUAUUACCUUAUAUGUAUUGCCUUAAAAAUAUUAUUGUUGCAAUAAAGCAUGACAAAAAAA